AUGAAAGCCAUUCAAAUCCUAGGCGAUGUUUCCUCGCCAGAAAUCACCAUAAAUCGCUCAAUAAAAAAACCCACUCCCAAGAACUCCGAGCUCCUCAUCAAAGUCCACGCCGCCGGAAUAACCGGUGACGAAAUACUUUGGCCAGAGCCCUACGCCACUGCAACCCGAAUCCCCGGCCACGACAUCUCAGGCAUAAUAUCCUCCACCGGACCAGACUAUGAAGGCCCGUUCAAAAUCGGGCAAGAGGUCUAUUGCUUUCUGGGCGCAGACCGAGGCCAAGGCCAAGCCGACUAUGUACUAUGUCUGCCCACUGAAGUCGCCUUAAAACCAACAUUUUUAUCACACGCCGAAGCAGCCGCGUUGCCUAUCCCGCUUCUUACGGCCUGGGAAGCACUUUUAGAUCAUGGAGCACUUUUGAAUGGGAUGAGAAUCCUUGUGACGGGAGCAUCGGGUGCAGUUGGUGUUUUUGCUGUCCAGCUUGCUGCACGAGUAUUCGGUGCGCAUGUUAUUGCGUUGGCUUCGUCUCGGAAUCAUGGGAUGUUGAAGCGGCUCGGUGCAUGCGAUGUUCUCGAUUACGGGGCAGUUGACUGGGAUAAAGAGAUCGAUGGUGUCGACUUGGUCUUUGAUACUGUUGGUGGAGAUAUCUUGACAAAGACUUGGAAAUGCGUUAAAGAGGAUGGGGUUAUCGUGACCGUUGGAGAUCCUGCUCCUGCAUGGGCCUUUGGCCAAGGUCAUGCCUCGGAGUCUGUUGAUCACCCAAAGGUUCGAUAUUUGCAUUUCAUCGUGUCCCCUCAUGCGGAUCGAUUGGGGGAGGCUGCUCGAAUGAUCGAUGCAGGUUCCCUGAAAUUCCUUGCAGUCAAAACAUUUCCAUUUAAAGAAGCGAAGCAAGCGUGGGAUUAUGCUCAGCAAAGGAAUCGUGGACACAAAGUUGUGAUCGACUUCAUCGAGGAGAGCCCCAUAAUAAGUUAG